ACCAACAAGUAUGGCGAUCUCCGGGGUGACGGCCAUAGCUUGUUUACAAACUGGACAGUGUUGUUUUCAGUACUCGAUACUGGCUACCAGAAAGCAUAUUAAGAUUUGAUGAAAAUCCUAGAGUUGGUUGCUUUGUUGUGAAAAAAACCCCAACGAUUUAUAGGUGACAUAAACCUGGUCAUAGGCCUAUAUCACAGAAAGCACAAUGGUAGAUUUCCAGUCUCGAUAUCGACUGUACGCACUGGGUUAUACAUCGCCUAUUGUGAGAGAACAUGCUUGUAAACGACACCACGCGCAUGAAGUUUCAAGACACGUGCAUCGACAUCAUGGUGACAGGCCAGUGCAUGACUGUCGGCCGGAAGUGAUCAAGGAGUUGAACGACCCUGGAUUGUGGGAGGCGCAGCUGCUAGCCUCCGGGCUGAAUGAGUCUUACAAGAACUCGGAGAGCCUGCACACUCCAAUCAGGGAAGAGUCAUCGAAGCAAAAAAACAAAGGAGGUAAAAAGUUAUUUGAAACAGGAUCAUUUGGUUCCGGUGUUGCUUGCUUCAAGUAUCCAAGAGGUCUAAUGACAUCGCGCGAGACCUGUGACGUAAUUGUAGCAGACACUCAGAAUCACUGCAUAAAGGUCUUCAACCAGUGUGGAGUUUUCAAACAUGUUUUCGGCAGCAAAGGCAAAGAUGCUGGGCAGUUUAACGAGCCAACCGGAGUGUGUGAACUGCCAAAUGGCGACUUAGUAAUAGCAGAUAGACGGAAUAAGCGCGUGCAGGUGUUUACCUCAGACGGGAAUUUCAAGUACAUGUUCCCCACUGUCCAGGAGCCAUAUGGAAUCACAUCGAACUCGAUACCGAAUAUAAUUGUUUCCACCGUUUCCAAACAGAUCGAAGUUUACGAGAGGACAGGAAAACGGGUGCAUAUAUUCACCAUUGGUGGAAAAUGUGCCGCGGUUUCUCCUGUUCAGAUCUGUACUAACGAUAAAAACGAGAUCAUUGUGUGCGAUCCGGACGACUGUUUGGUGAAGUUCUACACGCUUGAUGGCGAUGCCGUGCACCAGUUCCAGCCAGACUCGCCUGGAGUAGGGCAAGCCGUCGUACCCGGCGGAAUCUGCAUGAACCGCGUACAGCAGGUUCUGGUGGCCGACUCCUUGAACCACACCGUCAACUCGUACUUGGAAAAGGGCGCCUUCGUCGAGCGGAUCGUCUGCCCCACGGAUGACGUUGGUACCAUUCAGGCGAUAUGCUGCGGCCCUGAAGGACACCUUGUAACAACAGAAUUCAGCGUUUCAAAAGAGCACUGUCUUAAGAUUUUCCGAUACCUCGAAUGUGAGUGUCACAGAGCUAGGCCACCUUCCUGCAAACGCACGCCAAACAGUUGCAAGGCUUACCAAAUACCUCCAUUGUGAGUUGUUAUGUCGCACUCUAACAUAGGGCUACAGCAGAAGUACAUCUUUCAAGGAGCUUUCCUCUGACUUGAUGAACUAGCUGUAAUGAUUUACCCAGUGUUGUGUUAUCCCCGUGAGAACAGAAUAUAUUAGUUCAUAUUAAAUAUAUCAUCUGCAACUUU